AUGAUGGCUGUGGUUUGGCUCAUGGCUGUUCUGGUAAAUGCUGUCUUGAUAGAAAAAGGCCUUUGUGUUCCUGUUGGCGCUACGAAAGGCCAGCCUGUAACAAAAGUGGAAUUGAAUGACGAAGCAAGCCAUGAUGACUUCAGCAAUGACCAAAAGAGCUACAACAUGACCAAGGACCAGCAGAACGAUGAAGCAUUCGACGACCACAACAAGGGCCACAAUGCCACUAAGGAGCAGCAGAACGAUCAAGUCUUUGCCUAUGACCACCACGAGGGCCACAACCACACAAAGGGGCAGCAGAGCGAUGACUCCUUCAAUGACCACCACAAGGGCCACAAUGUGACAAAGGAGCAGCAGAGCGACUCUUUCAAUGACCACCACAACGCAACCAAGCAGAGCGACGAGGCCUUCAGUGACCACCACAACGCGACCAAGCAGAGCGACGAGGCCUUCAGUGACCACCACAACGCGACCAAGCAGAGCGACGAGGCCUUCAGUGACCACCACAACGCGACCAAGCAGAGCGACGAGGCCUUCAGUGACCACCACAACGCGACCAAGCAGAGCGACGAGGCCUUCAGUGACCACCACAACGCGACCAAGCAGAGCGACGAGGCCUUCAGUGACCACCACAACGCGACCAAGCAGAGCGACGAGGCCUUCAGUGACCACCACAACGCGACCAAGCAGGGCGACGAGGCCUUCAGUGACCACCACAACGCGACCAAGCAGGGCGACGAGGCCUUCAGUGACCACCACAACGCCACCAAGCAGGGCGACGAGGCCUUCAGUGACCACCACAACGCCACCAAGCAGGGCGACGAGGCCUUCAGUGACCACCACAACGCCACCAAGCAGGGCGACGAGGCCUUCAGUGACCACCACAACGCCACCAAGCAGGGCGACGAGGCCUUCAUGACCACCACAACGCCACCAAGCAGGGCGACGAGGCCUUCAGUGACCACCACAAUGCCACCAAGCAGAGCGACAUGUUCAACCUACGCAAAGAUAUGCCUUUGUGUUCCUGUUGGUGCUACGAAAGGCCAACCUGUAACAAACGUGGAAUUGAAAGACAAAGCAAGUCACGAUGACUUCAGCAAUGACCAAAGGAGCUAUAACAUGACCAAGGACCAGCAGAAUGAUGAAGCCUUCGACGACCACCACAAGGGCCACAAUGCCACCAAGGGGCAGCAGAGCGACGAAGCAUUCAAUGACCAGCACAAGGCAAGCAGAGCGACGAGGCCUUCGGUGACCACCACAACGCCACCAAGCAGAGCGACGACUCCUUCGGUGACCACCACAACGCCACCAAGCAGAGCGACGACGCCUUCGAGCGACGACGCCUUCGGUGACCACCACAACGCCACCAAGCAGAGCGACGACUCCUUCGGUGACCACCACAACGCCACCAAGCAGAGCGACGACUCCUUCGGUGACCACCACAACGCCACCAAGCAGAGCGACGACGCCUUCGGUGACCACCACAACGCCACCAAGGGGCAGCAGAGCGACGACGCCUUCGGUGACCACCACAACGCCACCAAGGGGCAGCAGAGCGACAUGUUUAACCUACGCAAAGAUGUGUCUGGCUACCAGAAUAACAAAAUGGAUGAUGACUCUGAAGAGACUGUCAUAGCCUGUCUUUGUCACAACUGUCACUGCAACACCAACAUGAUGGCUUCGGUUUGGCUCGUGGCUGUUCUGGUAAAUGCUGUCUUCAUAGAAAAAGGCCUUUGUGUUCCUGUUGGCGCUACGAAAGGCCAACCUGCUGUAACAAACGUGGAAUUGAUUGACAAAGCAAGCCACAGUGACUUCAGCAAUGACAAAAAGAGCUACAAUAUGACCAAGGACCAGCAGAACGAUGAAGCCUUCGACGACCACCACAAGGGCCACAACGCCACCAUGGGGCAGCAAAGCGGUGAAGCCUUGGCCGACCACCAUGAGGGCUACAAUGCCACAAAGGGUCAGCAGAGCGAUCAAGUCUUUGACCAUCACAAGGGCCACAACGCCACCAAGGGGCAGCAGAGUGACGAAGCCUUCAAUGACCACCAUGAGGGCCACAAUGUCACCAAGGGGCAGCAAAGCGAUGAAGCCUUGGGCGACCACCAUGAGGGCCACAAUGCCACCAAGGGGCAGCAGAGCGAUGAAGCCUUCAAUGACCACCACGAGGGCCACAACGCCACCAAGGGGCAGCAGAGCGAUGACUCCUUCAAUGACCACCACAAGGGCCACAACGCCACCAAGGGGCAGCAAAGCCACGCAGUCUUUGCCUACGACCACCAUGAGGGUCACAAUGCCACCAAGGGGCAGCAUAGCGACGAAGCCUUCAAUGACCACCACAAAGGCCACAAUGCCACCAAGGGGCAGCAGAGCGUCGACGCCUUGGCCGACCACCAUGAGGGCCACAAUGCCACCAAGGGGCAGCAGAGCGACGACUCCUUCAAGGGCCACAACGCCACCAAGGGGCAGCAGAGCGACGACUCCUUCAAGGGCCACAACGCCACCAAGGGGCAGCAGAGCGACUACUCCUUCAAGGGCCACAACGCCACCAAGGGGCAGCAGAGCGACGACUCCUUCAAGGGCCACAACGCCACCAAGGGGCAGCAGAGCGACGACUCCUUCAAGGGCCACAACGCCACCAAGGGGCAGCAGAGCGACGACUCCUUCAAGGGCCACAACGCCACCAAGGGGCAGCAGAGCGACGACUCCUUCAAGGGCCACAACGCCACCAAGGGGCAGCAGAGCGACGACGCCUUCAAGGGCCACAACGCCACCAAGGGGCAGCAGAGCGACGACGCCUUCAAGGGCCACAACGCCACCAAGGGGCAGCAGAGCGACGACGCCUUCAAGGGCCACAACGCCACCAAGGGGCAGCAGAGCGACGACGCCUUUAACGACCACCACAAGGGCCACAACGCCACCAAGGGGCAGCAGAGCGACGACGCCUUUAACGACCACCACAAGGGCCACAACGCCACCAAGGGGCAGCAGAGCGACGACUCCUUCAAUGACCGCCACAACUCCACCAAGGGGCAGCAAAGCGAUGAAGCCUUGGCCGACCAUCAUGAGGGCCACAACGCCACCAUGGGGCAGCAGAGUGACUACACCUUCAAUGACCACCACAAGGGCCACAAUGCCACCAAGGAGCAGCAGAGCGACGACUCCUUCAAUGACCACCACAAGGGCCACAACUCCACCAAGGGGCAACAGAGCGAUUCGGUCUUGGCCGACCACAACGAGGGCCACAACUCCACCAAGGGGCAGCAGAGUGACGACACCUUCAAUGACCACCACAAGGGCCACAAUGCCACCAAGGGGCAGCAGAGCAACGAAGCUUUCAAUGACCACCACAAGGGCCACAAUGCCACCAAGGGGCAGCAGAGCGAUUCGGUCUUGGCCGACCACAACGAGGGCCACAACUCCACCAAGGGGCAGCAAAGCGAUGAAGCCUUGGCCGACCACCAUGAGGGCCACAAUGCCACCAAGGGGCAGCAGAUCGACGAAGCUUUCAAUGACCACCACGAGGGACACAACGCCACAAAGGGUCAGCAGAGCGAUCAAGUCUUUGCCUACGACCACCACGAGGGUCACAAUGCCACCAAGGGGCAGCAGAGCGACGAAGCCUUCAAUGACCACCACAAAGGCCACAAUGCCACCAAGGGGCAGCAGAGCGUCGACGCCUUGGCCGACCACCAUGAAGUCCACAAUGCCACCAAGGGGCAGCAGAGCGACAACUCCUUCAAUGACCACCGCGAGGUCCACAACGCCACCAAGGGGCAGCAGAGCGACGCUUUCAACCUACGUAAAGAUAUGUCUGGUUACCAGAAUUACAAAAUGGAUGAUGACUCUGAAGACGGUGUGUUUACAGUGAUUGUUUAG